AAUCAUACUUAAAUAAAUUAUUAGUUAAAUUAAUACUAUAAUGAGUGCAUGUUUUCAUUCAGUAGGAAUAAAACCUUUCCCUCUUUUUACGCAAUUUAAUUUCAAUAAACAAAUUCCUAACUUUUUAGCAAAUUUUAUAAUUACUAAAAAUUACAAUAAUUAUAAUAGUAAUAAUAAAUUUGUUAAAAAAACUGAUAAAUUUAAUCCGGUAAUUAGAGUAUUAGAACAUGGAAGUGGAGUUUUAGCUCCUGCCGAUGAUGACGUCACGGAAGUGUUAUCUCUAGAUUCUAUUGAUGAUGACGUCACGUAUGAACCGGAGGAAGUUGCCGAAAGUUCUCCGGCGGAUGUUCCGACGAAGAAGCUUGUUAAGAAGAAAAGAGAUGAUGACGUGGAGGAUGACAUGGAUAGUCGGUUCAAACUCCGAAAUGGCCGGGAGGUUUUUGAAGAGAAAGCCUACCUUGUAGGUGUUGCACGUAAAGAUCAUACAGAUGAGUUAUUUAGCAUUGACGAGUCACUCAAUGAACUGGCCCAACUAGCUGAUACUGCUGGACUCAUGGUUGUGGAUUCCACAUAUCAAAAACUAUCUACUCCUAACCCAAGGACAUACAUUGGCUCUGGCAAGGUUGGAGAAAUCAAAACAGCAAUUAAUGGUUAUGGUGUUGAGACAGUAAUAUUUGAUGAUGAACUCUCACCAGGUCAGUUGCGUAAUUUGGAAAAGGUCUUUGGUGGAAAUGUUAGAGUGUGUGAUCGAACUGCUCUCAUCCUAGAUAUAUUUAACCAGCGAGCAGCAACACGCGAAGCUUCUCUACAGGUUGCAUUGGCACAAAUGGAGUAUCAGUUACCUAGAUUGACAAAAAUGUGGACACAUCUUGAGCGUCAAUCAGGAGGACAAGUCAAAGGUAUGGGAGAGAAACAAAUUGAAGUGGACAAGCGUAUUUUACGCACUCAAAUUGGCGCUCUUAAAAAAGAAUUGGAAUCUGUACGAAAACAUAGAAAACAAUACCGAACGAGGCGCCUAUCCGUGCCUGUGCCAGUUGUGUCACUGGUUGGGUACACAAAUGCUGGAAAGAGUACACUGUUGAAUCAAUUGACAGGGGCUAAUGUUCUUGCUGAGGAUCGGUUGUUUGCAACACUUGACCCAACCACAAGAAGGGUACAGAUGAAUAAUGGAAAGGAGUUCUUGCUUACGGACACUGUUGGAUUUAUUCAAAAGCUACCAACAACUCUGGUUGCCGCUUUCCGAGCUACGUUAGAAGAAAUAUCAGAGUCAUCUCUUCUGGUCCAUGUGAUAGAUAUAAGCCACCCACUGGCAGAGCAGCAAAUUGAAGCUGUAGAAAAAGUUCUUUCAGAACUAGACUCUUCAUCAAUUCCCAAGUUGAUGGUUUGGAACAAGGUGGAUAAGGCUAGCAAUCCUGAAGAAAUUAGGUUAAAAGCCAGGGAUCUCGAAGAUACAAUUUGCAUAUCUGCCCUAAAUGGUAGUGGUCUGGACGAAUUCUGUAACGCAGUACAGGAUAAACUGAAGGAUAGUAUGGUAUGGGUGGAAGCUUUGGUUCCUUUUGAUAAAGGAGAACUCCUCAGCACAAUACACCAAGUUGGGAUGGUUGAACGAACUGAGUACACAGAGAACGGUACGCUGGUCAGAGGACAUGUGCCUCUCCGUUAUGCAAGGCUUCUGACUCCAAUGAGGCAAACAUGUGUAUCUCGGUCUUUAACUCCUUCAGAUGAUGAUGAACUGCCAGUAUAAAGUGUUAAAAACAGCCCCCAUCUUUGCAAGUAUAAGCCUCUCAAAGCAAUACCUUUUUUUCAAGACAGCCUUGAAGUCUUUGGGAACGGUUUUCUGUAAAUACCUUGGCUAAAUGUUGUGUUAACCAACAGUUUCUAUCGGUAAUCGCAUACUGCUUUGACUUCGACUUGGCUUUCCAAGACCGCAUAUAGUGCUUUUACAGCCUUCAUUUGGUGAUGUACAGCAUUGCUAUUUGUCUCGGUGUAGAUACAAUGACGAGACUCAUAGCUUCUUCUGUGUAACUUGGAGGUUUCCUCCUAACACAAAACUGUAUUGUAUCAUUGUUUUAAGGCAUUCUGGAAGUUAUAAUUAGCUUAUUUGAAAGUUUAGCAAAA